AUGCCCGUGCCCGAAGCUCCGCGAGGCGUCCCAUCUGAGCAGAUCACAGACAUUCUACCAUUAGCGGACUCCUUGUAUGACUCUACCAGCCGUGAGCCCACUCUCGUCAAUCAGGCGCGUAAUGAGCUUAGUCUACUUCGAUUAGUGCUUGAUGCGACAAGAACCUCAUUGGCGCUUCUCUGUGUUGACUACCCCGUCGUAGCAAUUGACAACGCUCUUGCCGGCUGUCGUGUAGCUCUACUGGAGCUGGAAGAGCUUCAUCGACAAGCGGAUGAAGUGGGGCCGGUUAAUCCACUGUCCGAUAUUCGGGGGCGAUUUUCGUCCCUGAUAUUUGAACUCAGCGUUAUGAAUGCUGAUAUGAUGAUAUCCUCACAAGCCAAUGUUAACCAACUCCUGCGGGGUUACAUUGAAGAUGUGCGAGCAGGGAAGCGAGAGUCCGCUGUUGUCUCAAACGUUCUUGAUGAUGCUUCUCCGAAGAGUGAGAAAGAUGAAGCAUGGAACAAGCUUCAAAAUGAACUGCAUGAUGUUGGCAUUAUACCCGAAUGGUCAGAUCAAGACCAUGGCUAUAUCAUUUCAACCCUACGAUAUGCUGUAGACAGGGAGCACCUCUUGGAACGUUGUGGCCAAAACGCAGUUACUUCAGCGAGAUCGUCCUGGUCGAAAAAGCCCGCAUUGCCUCCACGGAAUUCGCUGUACAACACAACGCCUUCAGGGGACCCACUCACCCUACCCAUUCGCUCGCAAGAAGAUUCAGAAAAGGGCCUCUCAGACAAGGAAGUACUGCCCACGGAAGACUUUCCAAUCCCAGUCGCAAUGGAGCUCCAAGAUACGGACGAUACGCAAAAGCAAGCACUACCCAUUGAUGACUUCCCCAUUCCCAUGGCCAUGGAGCCAUUUUUCCCAACAAAUAACGAUACCGAUAAACAAGCCGUACCACGAGAAACUCUUCCUAUCCCCGUCCAGUCUGAGACCAGCGUCGAGAAUAGUCAGGAGAACAGAUCAGUAAACAGCUAUUCUAUGAACAGUUCCUCCCGACCAAAGUCAAUUAUUCGCGGCAAGAAGCCCAGCAUUAUGAAGCGCAUGAAGUUCAAGCUCACUGGCAGCAAAGAGGAUUUUGUGACCUUGAUUCAAAUGGGUGGGUUGUAUUCCGUCAAGGUAUCCUUGGACAAGGGUGCGGACGUGGACACGACAAAUGAUGCAGGAGAAACAGCCUUGAUGGUAGCUGUAUCAUUUGGCCACAAGGACAUCGUUGAGCUCCUUCUCCAGUACGGUGCGGAUAUUGAAAGGAGGUCAGACAACGGUGACACAGCCUUGGGGGCAGCCGCGCUGAGGGGUCGAGAAGACAUUGUUCGAAUCUUCCUCGAGAACGGGGCGAAUCCCGAUGCUGGCAAGAAUCUAGGCAAGACUGCGCUCUCGCAAGCCGCUGCGGCGGGGCACGAAGGCAUUGUUCGGCUAUUUCUGGACCGAGGUGCUGAUCCGAAUGUUCUAUGCACUAGUGGCGAUACUGCGCUUUCGCGAGCAGCGUUCUAUGGCAACGUCGAGAUCGCCCGACUACUGUUGACCACGGGAGCGGAGGUUGACAAGACGGCGUACCCUCGGAAGACGCCGCUUUGGAAGGCCGUUCAUCAAGGGAAGACUGAUAUGGUCAGCUUGUUGAUGGAGUUCCUCGCAGACCCGUUGAAAAAGGACGUGCAUGGCCAAUCGCCAUUAUCGAUGGCAUCCUCACUUGGACGUAGCGAGAUUAUUCGUAUUUUUGAACGGUACGGGUAUCAAGCCACUCCAUUUCAGUACUACUGA